UUUCUUAUUGGUUAAUUUCGAGCCCACUUUACACUGCUAAUAAAUUUUACAUUUUGACAUUUGUUGUCAUUUUGCCUCUUAGUUAUCAUCAGUUCGUUGUCAUUGUGUUUUUACCUGCUUUUCUUUCUAUUUAUUAUCCCAGUUACGUAUAAAUCAGUUCUUAUCAGAACUAAACAACUUAUUAUAUUGUUUAUCAUCCGUUUUUUCCAAUUUUCCAUUGGAUAUGGAUGAUGCUGUGCCGACCACGAGUAAGGCAGGCGCGGGAAUUACAUCGCCGUCGCCCCCAAGGAAACGAAAACAACUCAGUUUGGGGCAUUUGUCUCUGGCAGAAAAGCAAGCAAUAUUGAAUUUGUACAAGAAAAGCCUAGAUGAUGAACCUACUCUUAAAACUGUCCAACUUGUAUCCAAAAUAGCGAUGACAUUAGGUGUUGCAAAAUCAACAGUAUAUCGAGCCAUAAAACAGUAUAAAUCUACUGGAAGGGUGUCUACUUCCAAACACUGUGGUGGAAGACCUGGGAUUGUUACAUGUUUGGAUGAAGCAAUGAAGAAUUCCAUAAGGCGUAUAGUACACAGCUUUUUCUUUAAAAAUGAGAUCCCCACUUUGGACAAAAUAUUAACCGAAAUAAAAAGUCGUCAGGAUUUGCCACAGAUGUCCCGUUCAUCAUUAUACAAAUUUAUGAAACAAAUUAAUUUCAAAUACUUAAAACGAAGUCGUAAAAGUGUGUUGAUAGAACGUGAUGAUAUAGUGAGAUGGAGACUUGACUACUUGAUAUCAAUUAAAAAGUUUAGAUCUGAAGGUAGACCUAUUUAUUAUUUAGAUGAAACAUGGUUAAAUGAAGGUCAUACAAAAGAAAGGGACGUAAGGGAACUACUAAUAGAGGCUCUUAAUAAUGUUACAAAUAUGAACUGGAAAAAAUGUGUAGAACAUGUGAUUAAGGAGGAAGAAAAAAUGGGAACACUUGACGGAAUUAUGGACGAUCUCAUUGAACCUUUAAUUAUAUCAAUUAAUAAUAGCGAGAGCGAUAUGGAUACUGACUCGUCGAAUAAUUCAGAAAAUUGUUAAAGACAUGAUUUGUCCCUAAUUUUUACCAAUAAUAUUAUAAAUUAUAAAAACUUAUUUUGUUACUUUGAACACCUGCAGAUGAUAUAUUACGAACGUAGUUCAGUUAUCAGUUAUUUGGCAAUUAUCCGGUAACUUAAUAAACGUAGUUCGUAGAAAUGCAACAAUUCAAAGUAACAAAAACACCAUUAUAUAAUUACUCCAAUGCUAGAUGUAAAAAUGUGAAUCAAUAAAAUUGUUUUUAAAAAGUGAAAA